AUCAGGAUGGUGUUGGACAUGGAAUGCGGUUUUGGGAGCUUUGGAGCUCAUUUAUUCUCACUGAAAUUAAUGACUAUUUGCAUAGCAGCUUAUGAGGUAUUUGGGAGUCAAGUUCAACUGACCCUUGAAAGGGGUCUUCCUGCAAUAAUUGGGAGUUUUGUUUCAAGGCGACUUCCAUAUCCGUCACUCUCUUUUGAUAUGGUCCAUUGCGCUCAGUGUGGAAUUAUCUGGGACAAAAAGGAUGGUGCUUUCCUAAUUGAAGUUGAUCGGCUACUCAAGCCGGGAGGUUACUUUGUCUUGACAUCACCUACCGGCAAAGCCCAAGGUAGUUCACUUGGUGCAAGGAACAGCAUCAUCUUUGCAUUUAUUGAAGAUUUUGCCCAGAAAAUCUGUUGGAGUCUACUAGGAGAGCAAGAUGAGACUUUCAUUUGGCAGAAGACUGCAGAUUUCAAUUGCUAUGCAUCUCGCAAGCAGGGUACUGUACCUCUCUGUACAGAGGAAGAUGCGGAAUCAUAUAAUAAACCCCUCCUUGCAUGUUUGAGUGGAACUACCAGCAAACGGUGGGUUCCCAUACAAAACACAUCCAACUGGCUUUCUGGCUCCCAAUGGAACUUAGAAGAACUUGGCAUUCAUGAAGUUCAUCCCGACGAACUUAUGGAGGACUCAAAUGCAUGGGAGACAGCUGUAGAAGACUACUGGUCUUUGCUUACACCCUUGAUAUUUUCGGACCAUCCAAAGAGGCCAGGUGAUGAAGAUCCAUUACCUCCAUUUAACAUGGUGCGCAAUGUAAUGGACAUGAAUGCUAACUUUGGAGGACUAAAUGCUGCACUUUUGGAGGCUGGAAAGACUGUUUGGGUGAUGAAUGUUGUACCAACUGGGGUUCGUAAUACACUUCCCCUAAUAAUCGGUCGAGGUUUCGCUGGUGUCUUGCAUAACUGGUGUGAACACUUUCCCACAUAUCCCCGAACAUAUGAUUUGCUUCAUGCUAUGGGGCUUCUUUCUCAUCAUCUCACUGUAGAGAAGUGCAAUCUAUCUGCCUUAUUAUUAGAAAUGGACCGAAUUUUGCGUCCAGAGGGAUGGGUUGUUUUGCAUGAUAAAGUUCAGGUGAUAGAAAAAGCAAGAGCUCUUGUGACUCAAAUUCGUUGGGAUGCACGAGUUAUUGAGUCACAAAGUGAUAGCCACCAGCGGUUGCUUAUAUGCCAAAAGCCAUUUUUGCAGAAAUGAUUACCUUUUGCCUGGGAAAUGUUGGUUCUACUGAUGAUUUGUUCCAGUCAUGGGCAUUAUUCAUUAAAUUGUCACAGUUUUAUUAUAUUCCCAGAUGCUUUGAUUGGAUACAAUGGCGUGUGUAAUCAUAAAAGCGAAAAUGGGGGCUAUCAAUUAUCAUCCACAGUUCCACAUCCGUUUAUAAUUUGUAAUAUUCAUUGCAAAAUUUUGUAGUGUAUCAUUAAAUUGGAACUUGCAGUAUGUGCAUCUAUUAUUCUUUUGAGGAGAGAGGUGACUGACAGGCUGACAGCAGUGAAGUUUUCUUUUAACAUCACGGUGUAACCCAUUUUGCUUUCCUUAUUUCAGAUCUGGGCAUUUCAUGAGAUAUUAAUAUGAAGAUAACGAUCCGAUGAUU